AUGACCACUCACCACGCGACACGAUCGUUGGAGCUGCGCGCGGGAGUCCGCCAGCGGAUCGGCAAUGACCUCAAAGCGGCGGCCCUGCACAUCGGCGCCAUCACAGAUGUUGAAGCACAACAGUUUCAUUCCAUCAACAAGCCUGGCAGCAGUGCGAGGCAUCGCAUCUGGCUUACGGUGGAGUCUGGAAGAAAGUCCUGGGCAGACAUUGUGAACGGCUGCGCCACAGAGAGUCGGGUUCUGCGCCUCGACAAAGUCAUUGAGGCUAAGCGUACGCUGAAGAACUCCAGCUUGUUCCACACGGACACCGACCACGACUUCGGGCACCAGGCUUGCAUCGAGUACCAGGUCGACUCCGAGGAGAUGGACCGCGUCAUGGAGUCUUUCGAAAGCGUCUGCACGACAUGGUGGAGCGUCUGGGCGAGGACAAGCUGA